AUGGUGACAGAUCCUCACGAUGUAAAUGUUUCUGUUCGUGAUACAGGCCAAGGCCGGAGUUCAUCAACAUACAGUUGUACUCUCAUCAGGAAGAUUGUGGAUAGAAUAGAUGACAACAAAGAUGGCUAUCUCACAACAGAGGAAUUAAAAAACUGGAUUAAACGGGUUCAGAAACGCUAUAUCUAUGAAAACGUGGCUAAAGUUUGGAAAGACUAUGAUCUAAACAAGGACAAUAAAAUUGCCUGGGAAGAAUACAAACAAGCCACAUACGGUUAUUAUUUAGAAAAUCCAGAAGAAUUCCAAGAUGCAACAGAUCAGCACAGUUUUAAAAAAAUGCUGCCCAGAGAUGAGAGAAGGUUCAAAACUGCAGAUCUGGAUGGAGACUUAGCUGCCACUCGUGAAGAAUUCACUGCUUUCCUUCACCCAGAGGAGUUUGAGCAUAUGAAAAACAUCGUUGUCUUAGAAACCUUAGAAGACAUAGACAAAAACGAGGAUGGUUUUGUGGAUCAAGAUGAGUACAUUGCUGAUAUGUUUGCAAAUGAAGAGGGUGGACCAGAGCCUGACUGGGUGAUUACAGAGCGUGAACAAUUUUCAGAUUUUCGUGACAUCAACAAGGAUGGGAAGAUGGACAAAGAGGAGAUUCAGCACUGGAUUCUCCCGCAAGACUAUGAUCACGCACUAGCUGAAGCCAGGCACUUAGUCUAUGAAUCGGAUGUAGACAAGGAUCAAAAACUAACGAAAGAGGAGGUUCUAGACAACUGGAACAUGUUUGUUGGAAGUCAAGCUACUAAUUACGGGGAGGACCUCACAAGAAACCAUGAUGAACUAUGAUACAGCGUACCAACCAGUAUGCCACAGACCUUUUCUCCACUUCACUGAAAUCACUGUGUCUAUCCCCUCUUUUAGGGGAAGAUGGACAAGGGAAACACAACCGAAUGAUUUGCAUUAAUAUAUUUUUAACAUGCCAGCUUAUUACCUCAGAAACAACAUAGAAAUAGCUUUUUACUCUUUUCACAUGGUUAAAUACAGCAUCUUAUUACUACAGUUCUAUUUUGUAAAAAAUAAAAAGGUAACUUUUCUUAAUAGAUUACAGUCUGACCUGGAAAAAGCACUUCUGAAACAUAAUUGUGAGGAUCUUUAAUAGCAAAAUAUUUUCUUCAAAUACCCAUUUUUACUACAGUAAAAUGCAGCUAGGAUUAGAAAGAAACCUAAUGUUUAAACAAACUAACUUAUUUAGUCUUUUUUUUUUUAAUAGCAUAUAACAAUUUAGAGUUAUACUUUGACCCUCUUAUCCAG